AUGGUCAACUACAGGGCCUUCUCCUAUGCCCUUUUGGCAGCAAGCCAUGUCGCUGCUGUUCCUUUCACCAGGCGAGCAGAACCCACCUCGGGAUUCGUCAACCAGACUACUUGCAAUGGCAAAACCUAUACUUACCGUGCCUUAAAUGGUUACGGUUUCGUGCCGAGCGACGGCAGAGAUAAGUACGGUGAUACCGUUAGCAUCGGGAGUAGCAUCAAAAUUUCCGGUUGGACGUACGAUAAAGCCACCGGGAGCUAUAUAGGUACUCUCUGGGGCUUGCCAGAUCGUGGCUGGAACGUUGAGGGAACGACCAAUUUCCAGCCAAGGGUCCACAAAUACACCUUCAAGUUUACUCCGAAGAGCUCAUCCGCAACUCCUAAUCUCGAGUUCAACUACCUCGAUACAAUCCUUCUUACUGACCCUAAUGGUCAACCUUUAACCGGCCUUGAUCCCAACACCAUCCACAAAAUUUCUGGUUAUCCAGACCUCCCAGCAAGCUCGUACACUGGAGACGGUUGGGGUGGCGAAGGCCCAGGUGGCAUCCGUGUCGUCCUAGAUGCUGAGGCCCUCGUUCUCUCCAGGGAUGGCGGGUUUUGGAUCUCCGACGAAUACGGCCCCUAUAUAUACUCAUUCUCCCCAGGAGGUCAAGUCCGAAAGGUUAUUAGUCCACCGAAUGCCAUCCUGCCUCUCCGUAACGGUAAAGUCGACUUCUCUUCCAAUAAUCCACCCAGAUACGACCCAAGCCUUAGCCCCCACCCCGCAAACCCAACUCAGGGACGUUCAAACAAUCAGGGCUUAGAAGGUAUGACCGGAUCUUUUGAUGGUCGUAACCUUUACGCACUGCUACAGUCCACUGGGACGCAAGAAGGUGGUCUGGAAAAGACUACAAACCGAAAUGCUCGUCUUUUGAAAUACGAUAUCAGUGGUAUUGAGCCACGAUUUGCUGGUGAAUGGGUUGUUCCCCUCCCACAAUAUUAUGAUCCUAAUAAGUCCGCCAAGAACAAUCCACGCACCGCUGCUCAGUCCGAGAUCCAGUGGGUGGGCGAUGACCAAUUCUUAGUUGUCGCCCGUGAUGGUAAUUACGGCGGCGGUGGUGUAGAUGGUACCACCUCCUACUACCGUCAAGUAGACCUUUUCGAUAUUUCCGAUGCUACCAACAUUAAGGGCAAAUACGACAACUUUAAUGACAGUAUCACGGUCAGCACUAACUCCAAGGUCCUCAAGGACGGUAUCACGCCCGCUCAAUACUGUCCCUUUAUUGAUAUCAACCUAAACUCUGAGCUUGCUAAGUUUGGGCUCCACAAUGGUGGUGCUCGCGACCACAGUCUCCUGAACGAGAAGUGGGAGGGAUUGGCACUUGUCCCUGCUGAUGGUGAUGCUGGUGAUGAUGAUGAGUGGUACUUGUUUGUGUCGAGCGAUAACGAUUUUAUAACUCAGAAUGGAUUUGCGGAUGGUGGUUCCAUAGCCUUCAGCGAUGCCAAUGGCUGGGAUUUGAACAACCAGGUCCUUGUCUUCAAGGUCAAGCUUCCAGACCACUCGAGGCCGUUUGCUAGGACCGGAGCUGGAAAGGGUGGAUUGGCCGUCCCCUAG